AUGGAUUUCUUACAGCUGUCAGACAGUGUUACGGGUGACUCCACCAUGAUGGGAAAACACCCUGUGGACUCACUCAGAGAAAAUAAACAAACACCGACUGAUUUCAGCAACAUUUAUUGCAAAGACCUUCUGCCAGCUUUGGGAGGCGAAGGGAUGACGAGGGAAUUUCUGCAGGAGGUUGUCAAUUUAUUGAUAAAUUACAUCUGCAAGUCCUGUCACAGUAAUUCCAAGGUUUUGGAUUUUCACCACCCUCACCAACUCAAAGAAGGACGAGAAGGUUUUUGUCUGGACGUGCCUGAAAAGCCAGACACUCUUGAGCAAAUAUUACUGGACUGUCGAGACACACUGAAAUAUGGUGUCAGUACAGGCCAUCCUCGCUUUUUCAAUCAACUUUUUGCAGGUCUUGAUGUGAUUGGUGUUGCUGGCGAAUGGCUCACAUCUAUUGCCAACACUAACAUGUUUACAUAUGAGGUGUCUCCGGUCUUUACUCUCAUGGAGGAAAUUCUUCUCAUGAAAAUGCAAAAUAUUGUGAAAUGGUCUGAAGAUGAGGGAGAUGGUAUCUUCUCUCCAGGAGGCACAAUCUCCAAUCUGUACAGUAUGCUGGUGGCCAGAUAUUAUUUCUACCCAGAAGUAAAGACAAGAGGAAUGGGAGCUCUGCCUACCUUGGCCCUUUUCACUUCUGAACAUAGUCACUAUUCAGUCAAGAAGUCUGCUGCAGUGCUAGGACUGGGUAUUGAAAAUGUGCUUAUUGUAAAAUGUGAUGAAAGAGGGAAAAUGAUUCCAGAAGAACUUGAGGCUUCCAUUCUUACAGCUGUAGAAAAGAAAAUGGUUCCAUUCUAUGUGAAUGCAACAGCAGGCACUACGUUGUAUGGCGCUUUUGAUCCGCUCAAUGCCAUUGCAGACAUCUGUCAGAGACAUACUUUAUGGAUGCAUGUGGAUGCAUCUUGGGGCGGAGCCUUACUUUUGUCAGACAGACAAAAGGUGAAACUACAGGGCAUUGAAAGAGCCUGGUCAAUUACAUGGAAUCCUCACAAGAUGAUGGGUGUCCCCCUGCAGUGCUCUGCAAUACUGAUCAAGAAAAAAGGCCUCUUGCAAAAGUGCAAUGAAUUAGGAGCUCCGUAUCUUUUUCAGAAAGACAAAUUAUAUGAUGUGAGCUAUGAUACUGGAGAUAAGAGCAUCCAGUGUGGCAGACAUGUGGAUGUCUUCAAACUCUGGCUCAUGUGGAAGGCAAAGGGUACAGAGGGCUUUGGUGCUCAGGUCAACAAAUGCUUGGGAAAUGCAGAGUAUUUGUAUUAUCUACUGCAAAAGAGGAAAGACUAUGAACUGGUCUUCAAAAACAAACCAGAGCAUAGCAAUGUGUGUUUCUGGUACAUUCCUCCCAGUUUGAGAAGCAUGCCACGUGGUGCUGAACGAGACAAGAAACUUAAUCAGGUAGCUCCUCAGAUCAAAGGAAGGCUGAUGGAAAAGGGCUCUGCUAUGAUUGGAUAUCAGCCGACAAGUACCAAGGUCAAUUUCUUCAGAUGUGUGUUUGCCAACCCUGCCACACAGCAUGAGGACAUAAAUUUCCUUCUGGAGGAGAUAGCCCUACUUGGCCAUGAUUUAUGA